UUCAGGCUAUUGACUUCUGAUAUUAAUAUCCACUAAAGUGACUCCUUCAACCUGCAUGCUUGUGGGCGAUUAAUUUGUCCUUUUCGUUAUUCAUCGCGCAAAUGGGAAAGUGUUCUUGGUCAGAGGAAGAAAGUGGGCUGUUCAAGAUUUUGGUGUGCAUAAUUCUCUGUCCCCCUAUCCCAAUCCCUCUUUACUUUGCUUCCUUCGCUGGCGGACGGAGCUCAAGUCGUUCUUUAGCUUUUUCAAUUCAACUUGGGGAAUCCUCGUACCUGACAACCCAUUGUCUAAUUUCAUUCAAAUUUGGUGGAAAAAUAAUUAUUAGAAGUUGCACCUGUCGAGUCUGCUUCAAAAUACAAAGGUCCACAGAAAGGAUACUUUGAGAGGGUCGUUUAAAUGAGAUUGGAGAUGCUCCUGUCUUUGCUGCUGUGUGCCAUCUGUCCACUCGUCCUACCGUCCUCCUCUACCCCCAGCCAAGCCUCAGAUGACUCCAGACUCCUACAGGUGACCAUCCCUACGACCCCUCCCUUAUCUGCCGUCUUGGGGGGCUCUCUUACCCUACCUUGCCUGGUGUCUCUGUCCUACCCGCCCCCCAACACAAAUGGCCGCCGCGCCGUACUCUCCCUACCAAGGGUCAAGUGGAGCGUGCUGUCCCAGGGACACGAGACUGAGAUCCUGGUGGCCCGAGGGGACAGGGUGAAGGUCAGCGAGGCCUACAAGGACCGAGCCUCCCUGCUCCAUUACGCCUCCUCCCCAGCUGACCUCACCCUGAGGCUGGAGGGCCUGCAGUACAACGACUCUGGCUUCUACCGCUGUGAGGUGCAGCAGGGCCUGGAGGAUGCCGACGAUGUGGCUCAGGUCAAGGUCAAAGGGGUGGUGUUCCACUACCGGGAUGCUUCCAGUCGCUAUGCCUUUACCUUUGCGCAGGCCCGGGAUGCCUGUGAGGAGAUUGGGGCUCACAUCGCCACCCCAGAGCAGCUCUUGGCAGCCUACCACAGUGGCUAUGAGCAGUGUGAUGCAGGCUGGCUCUCAGACCACUCAGUGAGUAUUGACACUCUUCUCCACAGAUAUCCCAUUCAGAUGCCACGGGAGGGAUGUUUUGGAGACAUGGACGGGCAUCCUGGAGUGAGGAACUAUGGGCUGCUGGAACGUGAUGAGCUGUACGAUGUAUACUGUUAUGUGGAGAAUAUAGAGGGGGAAGUGUUCCAUGGAUCUGCCCCCCAAAGUUUCACCCUAUGGGAAGCUAAGGCCUAUUGUCUGGCUCAGGGAGCUGAGCUGGCUACCACAGGUCAGCUGUAUGCAGCCUGGAAUGACGGACUGAACGCCUGCAGCCCGGGGUGGUUGGCUGAUGGGAGUGUACGCUACCCCAUUGUCACUCCCAGGGAGCGUUGUGGUGGAGGGGAGCCUGGGGUCAGGACUGUCUAUCGCCAUUUGAACCAGACAGGCUUUCCAGAGGCACACACUCGCCACGACACUUACUGCUUCCGAGGUAACAGCAACACUCACACCGAAUCUCCCCAUGAUUACCUGGCAACAGAGCCAGAGGACAUCGGCCAGGACAUUGUGACGCUGUCUGAGCCUCUGGAGGAAUUCAGCCUGGGUCAGGUGACGGAGCAGGUGGUGAGCAAAGAAGCUCAGGGCUCCCUGACUGCCAUCCCUGUUCCAGAGGAGCAGCACCCAUCAGAGCAUAUAGAGGAGCAAGGGGCUGGCCCUGGAGAGCAGUACCCAGAGCAGGGGGCUGUCCCUGGAGAGCAGCACCCAGAGCAGAGGGCUGUCCCUGGAGAGCAGUACCCAGAGCAGGGGGCUGUCCCUGGAGAGCAGUACCCAGAGCAGGUGGCUGUCCCUGGAGAACAGUACCCAGAGCAGGUGGCUGUCCCUGGAGAGCAGUACCCAGAGCAGGUGGCUGUCCCUGGAGAGCAGUACCCAGAGCAGGUGGCUGUCCCUGGAGAGCAGUACCCAGAGCAGGUGGCUGUCCCUAGAGAGCAGUACCCAGAGGAGGUGGCUGUCCCUGGAGAGCAGUACCCAGAGCAGGUGGCUGUCCCUGGAGAGCAGUACCCAGAGCAGGUGGCUGUCCCUAGAGAGCAGUACCCAGAGGAGGUGGCUGUCUCUGGGGAGCACGGAGAAGAACAGGGGUUUGUUCCUGGAGAACACGGAGAGGACCCAUUCACCCCCACAUCCUUCCCCCAAGACCUGGAGCCCACAGAGGACACCUGGCAGCCAGUGAAAGAGGUCAGCAACCCAGAAUCAUAUCAGCCUGCCCCUGAGGAGGCAAACUUAGACUCAAACUACCCAGUCACACCCUAUGAUGAGCUGAAUGCAAACCCAACACUGUAUCCACCUUCUCCUGAGACAAAUGAUGAAUCAGGUGAUCUUACAACUGCUCAUGAAGACAACAUUAGUAGCCCCGAUCCCUACCAGCCCGUGUCAGAGUCAAACGUGGAAUCAGGAGAGCUCUCUAUAGAGGGUGUACCAGGGACUGCUCUGGAGGCCCCUGUGCCCACCACAGGGUAUGAGGAGGUGGACGGGUCCAGUGAUCCACAGCCCAUGCCUGGCACAACCCCUGAGAGUGGUGAGUCUCAGUAUGGUAUUUCAGAGGAAAGCCAUCUGCAAACAGGGAUCACCCAGGAGACCGAACACUACACUUUUACCUCUGAGACCGCAGGCUACAAUGUUUCAGGAGUUGAAGCCACUACUAGUCAUGACAGCUCUCCAGAGGAGCAACUGGAAAGUGGGCUGCCCACACCUCCUGAGGAGGACCACUCCGGAGAUGAGCAUGUCAUCCAGGAGCAUGUCACAGACACAGACUCGGUCUACCCAAGCACCUCUUACGACCUCUCAGGAGGGUCCAUCAGGCCUGAGGGAGCCAUCGCUGGGGGUGUCGAGGAGACAUCUGUAUCUUCCACUUCACCUCACAAGGAAACGGAGCUCUUCCCUGACCAGUCCACCACUCAGCCUCCAUACUGGGAGAACACACCUGAAUACCGCCUUACCAACUCUGUGGACCCCAGUGCCAGUGUCCUUCUCCCUGAGGAGCAUACCACAUCACUGGACUCAUUGGUCCUCCAGACAGGGGAGAACAGUGGCUCUGCUACUGCUGAGUCAGGAGACCUGGCUACCCUAAGCCCAGUGGAGAUGGACCCCUAUGGACUGAUCCCUACCUCUGAAUAUGCUUUUGACCCCACUCAGGAACAGUCUGGUGUCACGUCACCCGACUCCUCAACCCUAGAUGACCGUGUGGAGCAGGAGGCAGGAGGCACAGUGGACUCAUUACCAGAGGUUUCCAUGGGCUCCACUGACGAAGUCCUCACAGUUACUUAUAACACUGGCUCUAGUGAAGCCUCUGGGGUCCACGAGGGAAUGCUUGACGUUACCCUCUUGACAUCCCCCAUAGCUAUAACCUAUUCCCCCCCGACCCAGCGAUCCGUGGAAGCAGAGGCCAGCUCCCCAGGUGACUUCAUAACCUUCAUCCCAGAAUCCAGCGUUCCAUCUGGGUUUGAUCCCCUGGAGGAAGGGCUGGAGAAGGUGGAGCAAGAGGGGUUGGGUGAAAUCCCAGAAGUAGUCGAAACUACUACCCCAGAGACAGCUUCUGGUGAGGAGGGGAGUGGAGAUGAACAGAAUGGUCAGGAGGUGAGUGGAGACGAGAAGAGUGGUCAGGAGGCGAGUGGAGAUGAGGAGAGUGGUCAGGAGGCGAGUGGAGACGAGGAGAGUGGUCAGGAGGCGAGUGGAGACGAGGAGAGUGGUCAGGAAGCGAGUGGAGACGAGGAGAGUAGCCAGGAGGCGAGUGGAGACGAGGAGAGUGGUCAGGAGGCGAGUGGUCAGGAGGCGAGUGGUCAGGAGGCGAGUGGAGAUGAGGAGAGUGGCCAGGAGGUGAGUGGAGAUGAGAAGAGUGGUCAGGAGGCGAGUGGAGACAAGGAGAGUGGCCAGGAGGCAAGUGGAGACAAGGAGAGUGGCCAGGAGGCAAGUGGAGAUGAGAAGAGUGGUCAGGAGGCGAGUGGAGACAAGGAGAGUGGCCAGGAGGCGAGUGGAGACAAGGAGAGUGGUCAGGAGGCGAGUGGAGAUGAGAAGAGUGGUCAGGAGGCGAGUGGAGACAAGGAGAGUGGCCAGGAGGCGAGUGGAGACGAGGAGAGUGGUCAGGAGGCGAGUGGAGACAAGGAGAGUGGCCAGGAGGCGAGUGGAGACAAGGAGAGUGGUCAGGAGGCGAGUGGGGACGAGAAGAGUGGUCAGGAGGCGAGUGGAGACAAGGAGAGUGGCCAGGAGGCGAGUGGAGACGAGGAGAGUGGUCAGGAGGCGAGUGGAGACAAGGAGAGUGGCCAGGAGGCGAGUGGAGACAAGGAGAGUGGCCAGGAGGCGAGUGGAGACAAGGAGAGUGGUCAGGAGGCGAGUGGAGAUGAGAAGAGUGGUCAGGAGGCGAGUGGAGACAAGGAGAGUGGCCAGGAGGCGAGUGGAGACGAGGAGAGUGGUCAGGAGGCGAGUGGAGACAAGGAGAGUGGCCAGGAGGCGAGUGGAGACAAGGAGAGUGGUCAGGAGGCGAGUGGGGACGAGAAGAGUGGUCAGGAGGCGAGUGUAGACAAGGAGAGUGGCCAGGAGGCGAGUGGAGACGAUGAGAGUGGUCAGGAGGCGAGUGGAGACGAGGAGAGUGUUCAGGAGGCGAGUGGAGACGAGGAGAGUGGUCAGGAGGCGAGUGGAGACGAGGAGAGUGGUCAGGAGGCGAGUGGAGAAGAGGAGAGUGGUCAGGAGGCGAGUGGAGACGAGGAGAGUGGUCAGGAGGCGAGUGGAGACGAGGAGAGUGGUCAGGAGGCGAGUGGAGACAAGGAGAGUGGUCAGGAGGUGAGUGGAAAUGAGGACAGUGACCAGGAGGUGAGUGGCCAAGAGGGAGUAGAGUCUGGCACAGGAUCAGGAUCAGGCGAGGAGCACUCUGCAUCUGCUGAAUCUGGAGAAAGCUCAGGGAUCCUUGAACCAGAAGUCCCAUACAUCAAUGAAACUGUCACUCCCAUCAAUGGCACAACUGUCAAUGGCACAGAUGAAAGCGAGCCUGAGUCGAGCACAGAUGCACCCUCUACUGACAUGGAGGUCACGCUGCUCCCUGACUUAUCCCAGACCCCCGUGCCCUCCCCCACCGUACCCCAGGAGUCCCGGGCCGAUGCAGAUCUGGAGUACAGUGGGGAGACCUCAGUCACGGAGGACCCUGACUCCAUCACUCCACCCACUAAGGAGCCUGAGGAGACCUCCAGCCCGACGCCCACCACAGAGGACUACGAUGACCAGACCACGACGGCAGCACCCCUAUAUCCAGAGGACUACGAUGACCAGACCACGACGGCAGCACCCCUUUAUCCAGAGGACUACGAUGACCAGACCACGACGGCAGCAGCCCAGGACGUUGAUGAGGAGAAACUGAUUACCACUCCUACUACUCCAAGAUUUGGGAACAUUUCAGAUGCCUGCCUAGAUAAUCCUUGUUCCAACGGGGGAACAUGUGUCGACAGUGGGUCUUCAACCAAGUGCCUUUGCUUGCCCACCUAUGGAGGAGACAUGUGCCAGACAGACCUGGAGGUGUGUGAGCCGGGUUGGGAAAAGUUCAUGGGCUUCUGUUACCGACAUUUCACCAAGCGUCAGGGCUGGGAGGUGGCAGAGCAGCAAUGUCGUUUGUGUGGCGCUCACCUGAUCUCGGUCAUGACCCCUGAGGAACAGGACUACAUUAAUGAUAAGUACAGAGAGUACCAGUGGAUGGGACUGAAUGACAGAACCAUAGAGGGAGACUUCCGCUGGUCUGACGGGAAUCCUCUGUUGUAUGAGAACUGGUACCGGGGCCAGCCGGACAGUUACUUCCUGUCUGGAGAGGACUGUGUGGUGAUGGUAUGGCAUGACGGGGGGCGCUGGAGCGAUGUGCCCUGUAACUACCACCUCUCCUACACCUGCAAGAAGGGCACCUCUUUCUGUGGCCAGCCCCCUGUCAUUGCCAAUGCCAAGGUGUUUGGUAAGUCACAUCUGCGCUACGAGACUAACUCCAAGGUGCGCUACUACUGUGAAGAAGGAUUCCUCCAGACACAGAACCCCGUCAUUAAGUGCCUAUCCAACGGCCAAUGGGAGGAGGCUUUGAUCACCUGUCACCCUGCCCUGACCGACUUGGCAGAGCGAGAGCAGAAGGUCACGACGCCACCCUAUCAGAACGAGGGGGUGGAGGUGGUGGACACAGCCACGGAGAAAGCCACUUCAGAGUUCUGGGACAUCAAGUGGAACUAAUAAGCUCAUCAAACUCAAUAUGCCCCUUCCCUCUGCCCCCUUCCCUGGAAUCCUAUGUUCCACUCAAAGACUGUCCAACCUUGUCCCUCCAACAAGGUGGAGCCUUGUAAAAUAAAUGUUCUCCCUGAGAACGAGUCAUCACAUUCCUGUCACCUUCUCUUUCCAGAAUAAACCCAUUUAGAAAAUCAACAGACUUGAUGUUACUUGGACCUAGUGCCGAUCGAUUACACUUACAAUAAGAGUACAUCCCAACAUAAGGCCACGAUUAGAGGAAAUGGAUCAAAUUUGCAAAGUACAGUUUGUCAUUGGAAUGAGCUUUAACGAAGAUGUCCCAUCCAUCAUUGUGCUUGUUUGUUGUAUAAUGAUAUGUGAUUGUUGACUAGUGAAAUUCUUUGAUAUUCACCUGUGCUACGACACUGUUGGAUUACUGUAUUUGACUGUGAGUAACAUAUAUUAUGACAUGCUUAUGAUGGUAUACAGUAUGAUUUUGAUGGAGAGUUUUAGUAAAGUGCAACCUAAAUCUCAACCUCAGCUGGUCUGACAUUAACCGAAGCCACUUUCCCACUCUCUGCCACAAAGACAGAAUUAAGAUGUCCACUUUCGUAUGCUUUUGUAUAAGAAAAUCUCCUUAUCAAUCCAUAUCUUCUCAAUUCCCACAACACAAAGCAUUUUCUCAACAUGUCCUCUUAUCUGGUGCUUUGUUUUUCAGGUGUCUUAUGAACUUUGGACCCAAUAUUAGAAGCCAAUAUCCACUUUUAAAGUACUUGGUUUGAAAAUAGCCAGAAUCCAAAGUUUUUUUUUUAUACUCUCGUAAAAACGUAAUCACUAAGAUACUAGGAAGAACAUGUGAAAAUGUCCACAAUGGUAUUUCCGUUUUCAUGCAUCAAUGAUGUCAUUGUCUUAGUUCCAUUGGAAGUACUACUGUACGUUGGUAGUUUAACAGUAAUUAAAUAAUACUAAUUGUAAAUCCCAUUUGUGACUGCACAAUUGCAUAUUGAACUUGUUAUGAAAGAAAAAAUGUAAUUGUAAAACUAAUUAAAAAGGAGAUGGAUUACAUGAAAAUAAGAAAAAUAAGAGUUUUUGGAGAGUAGAAAAUAAAUAUCUAAUAAAAUGAA